UCUAUUCUUGUUGUCUUUAUCUAAGGAGCGAUAAAGAUAGGAUAUUUUAGCGCUGAUCUAUGGUCUGCUCUUUAGAGCUGCAUUAACAAUCAGUAGUGCAACUAAGAAGAACAUACUUUAGCGCGCUUUGCGCCAUUCUUCUUGCCGCGAGAGACAUGUUUCGUGUAUGUAGAAGCCGUUACAGUACAGUGGAGUAAAUACGAUUGAACAUACUUAUACAAAUACGAAUUUGCCUAAUACUCCUUCGUUUGAAACGGAAACUGUAUUCGAGUUGAUGUACAACAAAUACGUUAGCAAGCAUAGUACGAAUUAAGUGAAGUGAAAUAUCAGACAUCUGUCGUAAGAUAUGAGUGACAAACGAAAACUGCCGAUAUUUUUUAGUACAAGGCAUAAACGAAGAUUGAUUUUAGAAAAUACACCAGCAGAUGUUGAAAUAAUAACUCAUCGGACUGAGUAUUCUACUUUAAUAAAUAGUAAUGAUAACCAUUUAGAUGUUGGUGAACAUGAUAAUAGUGCUUUGUUGAUUCGUGAUCCACAAGUAGCCCAGUUAGAAAUAAAUAAAAAGAAAAGUCAAUUUGAUAUUGAUCAAGAUAAUAAUGCUCACUUUCUCAUUGAAGAUGAUACAUACAUGGUGAAUGCAAGUAGCAAUGAAAUUGUCGAUGAUAUUGCUUUGAAUAAUGAAAAUGUACUAUAUGUAAAUGAUGAAAGAGAAGCAUUUAGGCAUGACAUAAAUAAAUGGGCUAUUGAUCAUAAUAUAUCACAUAAAUCACUUAAUGCACUUAUACAGAUAUUGCUAAAACAUACUAAUUAUAUUUUACCAAAAGACUCACGUACAUUAUUACAGACUCCAACAUCUACUGAGAUUAUACAAAUUCAAGGUGGGGAUUACUGUCAUUUUGGCCUAAAAAGAGCUAUAUUAAAAAUUGUUAAGGAACGUAAAAGACAUAAUUGUAUUCUCGAUGUUAUUCAAUUAUUUAUAAAUAUAGAUGGUUUACCUAUAUAUAAAUCAACUGAAAAGAGUUUAUAGCCAAUAUUAUGCUCGGACAAUGUUAUAUAGAAUGUAUAUGUCAUUGGUCUAUUUUAUGGAGAGGGAAAACCAAAAAAUGUAAACGAAUUUUUAAGAAUAUUUGUAGACGAAGCUGUUACUUCAAUAAAUAAUGGAAUUGAUUAUGAAAGACAAAUUAUAAAAAUCGAAAUUAGGGCAAUAAUAUGUGACGCUCCUGCCAAAGCGUUUGUCCUUUGUGUAAAAAGACACAGUGGAUAUGAUAGCUGUACUAAGUGUCUUAUCGAAGGUAAAAAUAUUGAAAGACGAGUGUGUUUUCCAUAUACAUCUAAUACUAUUAAAUUACGCACUGAUGAGGAUUUUUCAGUUGGUUCUUAUCGCCUUGAUUAUCAAACUGGUGAUACGAUUUUAAAAAGUAUACCAAAUCUUGGAUUAGUAACAAAAGUGCCAUUGGAUUACAUGCACUUGGUAUGUUUAGGUGUUGUGCGUAAACUUAUAAUGUUAUGGCUAUCAGGACCUCUUAAUAUAAGAUUAUCAAAUUCAAAUAAAGAAGAAAUAUCUGAGAGAUUAAUAAAUUUAUGCAAAAACAUUCCUUCAGAUUUUGCUCGAAGGCCAAGGUCAUUAAAAUAUAUCAAGCAUUGGAAAGCCACAGAGUAUCGGCAGUUUUUAUUAUAUACGGGUCCUAUCGUACUGAAAGGAAUUCUACAAGAUAAUGUCUAUGUGAACUUUUUAAUAUUACAUGUUGCUAUUACAAUUCUUGCAAGUCCUGUUUUGGCAUGCAAAAUUGCUCUUGUAGAAUAUGCAGAAAGUCUAUUAAAACAUUUUGUAAAGUCAUUUCAAGUUAUCUACGGUGCAAAAUGUUUCACAUGAUAUUCAUAAUUUACUACACCUGCUACGGAUGUAAAGAAAUUUGGUUCUCUGGAUGAAUUCAGUGCGUUUAAAUUCGAGAAUCAUAUGUCUGCAUUGAAAAGACUUAUUCGUAAAACUAAAUAACCAUUGCAACAAUUAACAAGAAGAUUUGCAGAAAUUGAGAAGACAAGUUGGCAUUUUUUUGCUAAUAAAUUUAAAUUAUGAUUUGCGGCAUAUAUAAUGAUAUAUCACAUUGUGGAAUUUGAUGACGGUUUGCAAGUUGUUCCUUCUGAGUGGUUGACCGAUAAUAAUAAAAAAUGUCUAUGGCCCACAUAUACAAACCAAAUUAAAAUAAACCAACCAAUUUCUAAGAGAAUAUCUCCUUUAUGCGAUUGGCCGUUGUACAAGGUGAACCGUUUGUUUGGUAGUUGCGAGAUAUACGAUAAAGCAAUAGAGAAGCUUAAAUUAGCUGAACAUAUUUCUGACAUAGAUGAUAUAGAUGAAAAUAGUAAUCUUAAAAAGUCAAGACAUCACCGUGCAAAAAAAGUUUUAACUUCUUCUGCUGAAAAUUCAGAUGAUUCAUGUGAUACAAACAUUGAUAAAUCGAAAGUUUAUACAGCUCAGUUUCCUAAAGUACCAAAUGAGUUAAGUAGGAAAGAAAUAACAAUUGGAGCACAGAAAUCUCUGAAAAACAGUGAGAAGAAAAUAACUAAUAUCAUUCAACGCGAAAAAAGUAAAACAGAUGUAUUUGUUUCGUCAUGUAACAAAUCUGUAUAUUGUUCACAAGAGCAUACAGAAUUAAAUCAAGACUCUGUCAUAAAAACUUCAAAUACGACAGCUGCAUCCACAUCAUACACCUGUAGUGUUAAUGAGAGAGAUUUGGAUUUCCAUAAUUUCAUUCUUCGAAAACUGAAUACGAUAUUGUUGAAACUGGAUAUAAUUGAUGAGCGAUUAAUAAGAGUGGAAGAUUACAAUUUAAACAGAAACAAUGUUACAAAUGCAUCAGAAAACGUAAACUUUGAUUUGCCAGCAAGUACAGUUGAGGAAUUACAACUCAUAGAUCGUCAAUUGCAAGACAAAUCUGUUGCUACAGAAAUGACAAGACAAUUGAGUCUUUUGGGAGGGAAAGACUAUCAUGAUGUUAUUUCAUACAUGAUGAAACAUAUAUUAACAAAUACAUUGGCAAUACAAUAUAGUUGGGCUAGUACUAAAAUGAAAGACCCAUUUAAGAAGCUUCGCAUUACAAAAUGUAUUAUUGAUGCUACACGAACUCAUAAAAACAAUUUGACAAACAAGGAGAUAGAAGAUUUGAUUGCAAGAUGGUUAAUUUUAGCGAAACAGAGGUCUGAAAGAGAAUUGGUUUUUUGAAGUCUAAGGUUUAUGCCAACAAGCCCACGACCACCCACGUCUUGAAGGAAGAAAUUGAGCACUGCAUCAACGAAAUUCAGCCACAUUUAUGCAAAAAGGUCAUGGAAAAUUUCAACAAAAGAGUGCAUAUGUGCCAACAAAACCGUGGAGGCCAUUUACCCGAUAUGCU